GUCCCAGGAAAGCCCACAUACACUCGAGCUGACAACAGUGGCUCCGGGGGGGUUAAGGGUGAGGCCGGGCGGCCGGCGAUGCAGAGAAGCAGUAUAGGCGGACAGGACAAACACCACCUUGCUGUUGUCGUUCCAUCAUCAUCAACAAAACCCCGUUCCUGGCGCAAAAAGGAGUUCAGGAGCUCCAACUGGAAUGGCCGUCCUUUCCGAAUUUGCCGCCUUGCCGAAAAGCAGGGUUCGACAGCUUGCAUCAUCGUCGAAAGUCUUGUUUGAAAAAAGACUUUACGUUAUUCCCCUCGAACCCCUCUGUCUAUGGCACCCUUCCCUUCAGAAAAGUGACGGAAGUCUACUGACCAAAGAACCCUGUGGAAGAAAGAAAGAAAGUGAACUCUGGGACUUGACCGUUGAACCGCGCGAUGCCCCAUCCGGAAGUGGCGUUCACCUCGCACAAGCUCUCGCCCAGGAUCAUCGAUGAGGCUCUCUACCUGCUUCGUUGCCGGUGGUUCAUGCUUUCCUCAGCUUGCAUGGAAGAAAGGGCUGCCACAAUACGGAUAUCGC